AUGUCCAUAUACCACGAAUACACUAAAUCGCCCACGUCGUCCGGCGAGUCAACCACUCAGCGCUCUGGCGCGUCGACGUCGCGAGCCUCUGCAUCAGGGGCACCCUCUUACUACACCGUUGCGGAUGCACUCGGCAACGAGGUCGGCGAAAUGGAGGCCGAUUUCCGUGAAAGAGUCGCACAAACACGCGAGGAGUCUGUAGACGUAAUCGUCGAGCGCGAGCUUCAAACUUAUCUUCACGCCGGAUCAGAGCGAGAAGAUGUUGAUCUUCUCGAAUUUUGGCAGAGAAACCGAACCAAGUACCCGAUCCUGUAUCGUAUGGCCCUCGACUACCUGUCCGCGCAGUCGUCUUCUGUACCGGCGGAACGCGCUUUCUCGUCUGGUGCGGAGACCGACACGAAGCGUCGCAACCGCACCUCGCCUAUCUUGAUGGAGGCGCUCCAAAUGUCGAAAUUCGAGAUCAAGCGCAGGGUGGGUAACGGCGAGGAAGACCCGAUCGACUUCACUACUGGUUGGCAGUCAGUGGGGAGCGAUUUCCAGGUACUCCCUCGGUUGCAAGACAUGCCGAAGCUAGGUGAUCUUCUGCUCGGCGACUCCGAGCACACUAUGGACGCCUUGCUUCGUGGUCUCAACACGCUGGACCCUGCACCUACAAACGAGCCGUCGGGUCGUCUGCGGAGGGGACGGCGAGUCUCGCCCAUUCCCUUCCGGCCGCUUAACUACAAGCACAAUACCCUCGCGCUCGAGAUAUUCAAGGAGACGUAUUCGGUCAAGGGCCGCUUGAACCAGUCGCAACGCAAGGAGCUGGCGCUCAUUGAGCAGGCGUACGACAACCCGCAUGAAUGCUUGUCGCGUAUCAAGCGUCUGCUGCCCACCCAGUGUGCGUUCAAGGAAUCUGGCAUCGAGUUCUUCGAUACCUACGACAAACUCAUUCCUUGCUACGACAUCGAGCCCGUAGAGAAGAUCACGGACGCCUACCUCGACCAGUUCCAGUUCUUCGAGGCCGACAAGCGUGGUCUGUUCCCCUCCUGGAUCAAACCCGCCGACACUGAGCUGCCGCCGCUUCUCGUCUACAAGUGGCGCCAAGGUAUCAACAACUUGACCGACAUCUGGGAGACGAGCGAAGGCGAGUGCGACGUGCUCAUGGAGACGGUGCUGUCCAAGGUCUACGAGAAGAUCGAUGUGACGUUGCUCAAUGGCUUGUUGUGUCUCAUCCUGGACCACGACUUGGCGGACUACAUUACAGCGAAGAACAACACCGGCUUGACGUACAAGGAUAUGGCGCACACAAACGCCUACGGUCUGAUCCGUGGUCUCCAAUUCUCAGCCUUCGUCUUCCAGUACUACGGUCGGGUCCUUGAUCUGCUCAUUCUGAGUCUUCAACGCGCCAGCGCGAUGGCGGGACCACCGCAGAUGCCGAACAACUUCCUGCAAUACCGCGACUCCGCCACCGAGAUGUGUCAUCCCAUCCAGUUGCGAGACCUCAUCCAACGAUAUGUCAGUGCAUACCCUGACCCGACGAACAACAACGUCAUCGGGUACAACAACAAGAGGUGUUGGCCUCGAGACUGUCGUAUGCGCCUGAUCAAGCACGACGUCAACCUCGGCAGAGCGGUCUUCUGGAAUGUCAAGCAGAGUCUGCCCCAAUCGCUCACCACAAUCGAGUGGGAAGACACUUUCGUCAGCGUGUUCUCUAAGGACAACCCGCAACUCUUAUUCUCGAUGUGUGGGUUUGAAGUUCGCAUCCUGCCCAAGAUCAGGACUAUGGAUGGCGAACAGUUCUCGCUGAAGGAUGCCGUAUGGAACCUUACCAAUGAGCAGACGAAGGAGCGUACUGCCCAGGCGUUCCUGCGCGUAUCAGAUGAAGGCGUCCAGCAGUUCAACAACCGAAUUCGUCAGGUCUUGAUGAGCUCGGACUCGACGACGUUCUCCAAGAUCGUCAACAAGUGGAACACCGCCCUCAUUGGUCUGAUGACGUACUACCGUGAGGCCGUCAUCCACACGAACGAGCUGUUGGAUUCCCUCGUCAAGGCCGAGAACAAGAUCCAGAUGCGUGUCAAGAUCGGCUUGAACUCCAAGAUGCCAUCGCGUUUCCCUCCGGUCAUCUUCUAUACACCGAAAGAAUUGGGUGGUCUCGGCAUGUUGUCGAUGGGUCACGUUCUCACCCCACAGAGCGAUCUUCGGUGGUCGAAGCAGACAGACGUCGGGGUCACUCACUUCCGUGCCGGUAUGUCACACGAGGAGGACCAGCUGAUUCCCAACCUCUACCGCUAUCUCCAGCCUUGGGAAGCAGAGUUCUUGGACUCAGCUCGCGUCUGGUCGGAAUACUCCAUGAAACGGAAGGAGGCAAACGCCCAGAAUCGCCGUCUGACGCUCGAGGAUCUUGAGGACAGCUGGGAUCGCGGUAUCCCGCGUAUCAACACGCUCUUCCAGAAGGAUCGGCAUACGCUUGCGUACGAUCGAGGUUGGCGUGUGCGUACCGACUGGAAACAAUACCAGCUGCUCAAGCACAACCCUUUCUGGUGGACGUCUCAGCGCCACGACGGCAAGCUAUGGCAGCUCAACAACUACCGAGUCGAUGUCAUUGCUGCUCUGGGAGGUGCCGAAGGCAUCCUUGAGCAUACUCUUUUCAAGGGCACGUACUUUCCGACGUGGGAGGGAUUGUUCUGGGAGAAGGCGUCUGGGUUCGAGGAGUCAAUGCGGUACAAGAAGCUCACGAACGCGCAGAGGUCAGGUCUGAAUCAAAUCCCGAACCGUCAAUUCACGCUGUGGUGGAGCCCUACGAUCUACCGCGCCAACGUCUACGUCGGUUUCCAGGUCCAACUCGACUUGACGGGCAUCUUCAUGCAUGGUAAGAUUCCGACCCUGAAGAUCAGCUUGAUCCAGAUCUUCCGUGCCCAUCUUUGGCAGAAGAUUCACGAGAGUGUCGUCAUGGACUUGUGCCAAGUGUUCGACCAGGAGCUCGAGCCGUUGCAGAUCGAAACCGUUCAGAAGGAGACUAUCCACCCGCGUAAGAGUUACAAGAUGAACUCGUCUUGCGCAGACAUCCUCCUCUUCUCCGCCUACUCCCGGCCUUCGCUCGUUACUGAUAGCAAGGAUGUUCUCGACGGCACGACCAGCAACAAGUACUGGAUUGACGUUCAACUUCGUUGGGGAGACUUCGACACGCACGACAUCGAGCGAUACACCCGCGCGAAGUUCCUGGAUUACAUCUCCGACUCUAUGAGCAUCUAUCCCUCGCCAACAGGUGUCAUGAUCGGCAUGGACCUGGCUUACAACCUUUGGUCGGCGUACGGCAAUUGGUUCCUGGGCAUGAAGCCGCUCAUCCAGCAGGCAAUGGCCAAGAUCAUGAAGGCCAACCCGGCGUGCCACGUCUUGCGCGAGCGUAUCCGCAAGGGUCUCCAGCUCUACUCGUCCGAGCCGACGGAACCGUAUCUCAACAGCCAGAACUACUCAGAGUUGUUUUCGAACCAGAUCAUCUGGUUCGUUGACGACACGAACGUAUACCGUGUGACGAUCCACAAGAUGUUCGAGGGUAAUUUGACGACUAAGCCUAUCAACGGCGCAAUCUUCAUCUUUAACCCUCGCUCUGGUCAGUACGAUGCUGGGUCGUUCACCUACGUCUUGCCGAAGAACAUCCUCCGUGCCUUUGUCACUGCUGCCGACCUGCGCACUCAGGUCGCUGCGUUCCUGUACGGCGUCUCUCCGCCAGACAACAAGCAGGUCAAGGAGAUCAAAGCCGUGGCAUGGGUCCCGCAGCGAGGCAAUAACAACAGUGUCGAGUUGCCAUCGCAGUUGCCGAAGGACGACUUCUUGCUCAAGGACCUCGAACCGCUCGGAUGGAUCAAGACUCAGGCUCUCGAGCUGCCGCACUUGUCGCCAACGGAUGUCACCACGCAGGCGAAGUUGAUGGCCGAGCAUCCUGAAUGGGGCUCGUCGUCAAUAUGCUUGACCAGCGCGUUCACGCCGGGUUCCGUAUUGUUGUCUGCGCAUUCGCUCUCAGUCGCAGAGUUUGAGUGGGGCCGGAAGAACGCCAACACGUCGCCCAACCCACAGGGCUUCAACCCGAACAUGUCUGAGCGAGUGCAGCUUCUGCUCUCAGACCGUGUAUCAGGCAUGACGCUCGUGCCGCCGCUCGACCGGACUCAUGCAGUGCGCCUCGCGUCGAGGUGCAUGCCCUCCGUGCAGGGGCACCACCAAGCGCAGCCCUGGCAGCAAGGACGAUUGCGUCACACGCGCAACACUGGGCGUAACCCCAAGCGUUUUGCUGCGGUUAUCGUGCAAACUCGCGACCCGAAGACGACCGCGCUCAUCUUCGUGUCCAGCAAGAUGGUGGUCACUGGUACGAAGAGCAAGGAUGGCUCAUGGCUCGCGGCUCGCGUCACAUACGCUAGCAGAGAACCGGCCACGGCGCGUGCAGUCGGUCAAGAAGGCGCUGAGCACGAACCUCGCGUCGAUGUCAAUGCCGCCUGGGAUCCUCUUUGUAUAGCCCUCAAUUACCGCCACUAUCGACACGCCUCACGGCGAGAAUCUCUUGGAGUGUUCUGGCAGCUAGAGUACAUCUUCCCAGUGUGUUCCUUGAAACACUUCCGGCGCGCGAGCACUGCCGUCUGGAACGAAAACGCCCUCAUCGCAGCGACGUGUUUCGUCACCCAGCAAUUGCUCCUUUCGGUCGUCACCGGUUCCAUCACCGUCAAGGCGAACAUCAUCACCAUCGACGAGUGCGAGCCUGCGCAACCCCGUCGAUUCAAGGCACACUAUUGGGUACGCUAUCGCGGCUGUGCUUACGCCUACGACCCUCCAUGGGCGUACAACCUCCCCGUGUCCCUCUCGGACCCGCGUAUCGCUAGCUUACCUGCUGCCAAGGGCUUCGGUGUGGAGCGCUUACUGGACAUCAUGAAGAUCGACAAGAAGAACAGCAGUCCACAGAAGAAAAUCGAAAUCUACAUCGGUAACGCUGGAACUGCCGCGCGUUUCCUCGCUACGAUCUGCACACUCGUGCAGAGCUCCGUGCCAGGCGAGCGCACAGUUAUCACCGGGAACGCGCGCAUGAAGCAGCACCCGAUCGGGCCUCUCGUGGGAGCUCUGCGCGCCAACGGCAGCGACAUCCACCAAUACGUCUCGUCCAUCUUGCUGUGCGCACCGUAUGCGCAGGAAGCGAUCACCCUCGAGUUGACGGGCGGCCAAGUCAUCUCGCAGCCCUACAUCGUCAUGACCAUCGCGAUGAUGCGCACCUUCGGCGUGGAUGUCAUCCGCGAGAAGGAUGCAGCGACGGGCCGGCUGUUCGACGUCUACCAUAUCCCGAGGCAGAUGUACAAGAACCUGCUGAAUUACAGCAUCGAGUCGGACGCGAGUAGCGCGACUUACCUGCUCGCGGUCGCUGCCAUCACCGGCACUACGUGCAUGAUCAGUAACAUCGACUCGCCAUCCCUGCAGGGCGAUGCGCGUAACGCGGCGCGUUUCGCCAAGGAUGUUUUGGAGUCAAUGGGCUGCAAGGAUGUGUAG